AUGGAUGGGCUUCCGCUGUUUUUCCUCCAUCCUGCAUCACUUUAUCAAGGGGCUGCUUUUCCUUUUGCGCUUCUGUUUAAUUAUCUUUGCACUAUGGAUUCAUUUUCCAUUCACGCCAGGUACCUCUUUCUCCUGGCUGGAGGAGGCGUCCUGGCCUUGGCUGCUCUGGGUCCCUUCGCUGUGCUUGUCUUCAUCCCUGCUCUGUGCGCUGUGGUUCUGAUCUAUGCCUUCAGCCCACAGGAAGUCCACAGGUGGACUUUCUGCUUCCAGAUGAGCUGGCAGACGCUGUGUCACCUGGGUCUGCACUAUACUGAGUAUUAUCUGCAAGAACCCCCUUCCAUGAGGUUCUGCCUCACUCUUUCUUCCCUCAUGCUCCUGACCCAGAGGGUCACGUCCCUCUCUCUGGACAUUUGUGAAGGGAAAGUGGCAGCAGCAUCAGGAGGCAUGAGGAGCAGGAGCUCUUUGUCUGAGCAUCUGUGUAAGGCACUGCCCUAUUUCAGCUACUUGCUCUUUUUUCCUGCUCUCCUAGGAGGCCCUCUGUGUUCCUUCCAGAGAUUUCAGGCUCGUGUUCAAGUGUCCAGCAAUUUGUGUCCCAGGCACUCUUUCAGGGCUCUGACCUGGAGGGGUCUGCAGAUUCUGGGACUAGAGUGCCUAAAGGUGGUCAUGAGGGCGGUGGUGAGUGCAGGAGCGGGACUGACCGACUGCUGGCAUCUCCAGUGCGUCUAUGUCAUGUGGUCCACAGCUGGGCUCUUCAAACUCACCUACUACUCCCACUGGAUCCUGGACGACUCCCUUCUGCAUGCAGCGGGCUUCGGAUCUGAGUUUGGGCAGAGCCCUGGUGAGGAGGGAUACAUUCCUGAUGCGGACAUCUGGACACUGGAAACGACCCACAGGAUUUCCCUGUUCGCGAGAAAGUGGAACCAAAGCACAGCCCGGUGGCUGAGACGCCUCAUUUUCCAGCACGGCAGGGCCUGGCCGUUGCUGCAGACAUUCGCCUUCUCUGCCUGGUGGCAUGGACUCCAUCCGGGACAGGUGUUUGGUUUCCUCUGCUGGGCUGUGAUGGUGGAGGCUGACUACCUGAUUCACGCCUUUUUUGCCAAACUGUUUAUCAGAUCCUGGCCGAUGAGGCUGCUCUACAGAACUCUCACCUGGGCCCACACCCAGCUCAUCAUUGCCUAUAUAAUGCUGGCUGUGGAGCUCAGGAGCCUCUCCUCUCUCUGGCUGCUGUGUAAUUCUUACAACAGUGUCUUUCCCCUGGUGUACUGUAUUUUGCUUUUUCUAUUAGCAAAGAGAAAGCACAAAUUUCACUGACAUCUUUCCCUGGCCUUCAACUUACACAUCCAUGAAACAGAGUUUAGA